ACGCUGGAUGUACAACGACAAACCCGGAGGUGAACUCUUCCACCGGUUAGGCGUGAAUGAGCGACGAGGGACGGAUUUCAUGGAACGUGCAGGUUAAACCGGAGAUAGAAAUCUUUUAUUUUUUGGCAAACUCUGCUUUUUAUGAGUAAACAUGUCUCCCGAUGAGCUGGUAUAUUUGGGCGUCCUUGCUGCCUCCAUCCCUGUUGGGUUCCUCUUUCGCUAUCUCAGUUCGUCUGUGAAGCAGGUGGCAUCUCUCUUCCUGGGUUUGUCCAUCACCAUCGCUUUGUGUCACAUCCACACUCUGCACUCCCUGGUGACGGUGAUAGGAACAUGGAUUAUCAUUAAGAGCAGCUGGCGGCAUGCCCCAGCACUGAGUCUCAGCUGGACGUUUCUCUACCUGCUCUUUUUUCGUCUGGUCACCUGGUUCAAUCUUCCCCAGCCAACACCGUUUGCCAAUGCCGUCCAGCUACUCCUCACACUUAAGAUGGUCAGUCUUGCCAAUGAGGUGCACAGCUUCCAUGUAGAGAAGAAGAGAGAUGUGAGCUCCUUUGCUAAGUCUCCAGUCAUUGGUGGUCUGUCUCAAGAACCUUCCUUCUACGACAUUCUGUCCUAUAGUUACUGUUAUGUCGGUAUAAUGACCGGCCCGUUCUUCCGCUUCCAAACAUACAUGGACUGGCUGAAGCAGCCGAACCCGCUGGCUCUGCCCAGCUGGGAACCUUGUCUACAACGCUUGAAGAUGGUCCCAGUUUUCGGGGUUCUGUUUGUGACCGUCAACUACUACUUUCCACUUUCUUACGUCCGCACAGACGAGUUCCUGGACCAAAACAUUUUCUUCAGGUUAUUCUACAUGGUCGCAGUGUUUUUUGUGUUCAGGAUGCGUUUCUAUUCGGCGUGGUGUGGCGCUGAGGCAGGCUGCAUCAGCGCAGGUCUCGGCUGCUAUCCUGAGAAAGCGCUUUCAAAACCUGGAGGAGGACCCACCGUGAACUACAGCCCUGAUCCCAGCACUGAAGAGAAAUACAACUUCAAAACCAUCCAGAACAUUGAUUGUUACAACACGGACUUCUGUGUGAAGGUCCGACACGGGAUGCGUUACUGGAACAUGACGGUGCAGUGGUGGCUGCACCACUACAUCUACCCAAACGCCCCCUUCAAGUCCUACGCACUCAGAGCUGGAUGGACCAUGUUCAUCAGUGCCUACUGGCACGGAUUACACGCAGGUUACUACCUCUCCUUCCUCACCAUCCCGCUGUGCAUCGCAGCAGAGUCUGCCAUGGAGUCUGCCGUCAGAUCCAAACUGGGUCCCACCGGACAGAACGUCUUCGACUGGAUCCACUGGUUCCUGAAAAUGAGGGCCUAUGACUACAUGUGCAUGGGCUUCGUGCUGCUGAAGGCGUCCGACACCAUCAACUACUGGAUGUCCAUCUACUUCACCAUGCAUGUCAUUGCUGUCGGCUGCAUAAUAGUGGGCAAGGUCUUGAAGGGGGGGAGGAGAGACGGGAAGAAAGGGGAGAAGGAGCGAAUAAAUGAGGAGAUGACUGAACACAUGAAAACUGGACAGAAAUCAGAAUGAAUGGAGGAACAGAAAAGGACUGCUUUUAGCUUUUAGUCAUGUUUCUACCAACAGACAUGACAUCGGUCCAAGACGGUUUCUUCUUAGAAACAGACUUCUUAGAAAAGUCCGUUUUAUUAAAAAUGCAGUUAAGAGUGUCA